CCGACCUACCAUCCAAUCAGAAGCAUGCAUCCCGUCCCCAUAGCACGUUAUCAAUCAAUCUGAUAAGUACAGACCAAUUAGACCUCUAACUCCCGCCCGAGGCCAACCAAACCCCUCAACCCCGAGGCAACUAACCCCGAGAUUAAUAUGCCCGCGCCUUCCCCCACCAGCGCCGUCUCGGACCUACGAGUCGGACAUCUGACAGGCCCUUUCACUUCCAACCCCUUAGUUACACCCGACCCGAACCAUCAAACACAAUGCAAUCAAUCUCGCAAUCUCGGAUCUCGAAAUCCCCUCGGCCGGUGAGCUCGGACAAGCCCAAACGCAGACGCAAGGCCCUCGCGUGCUACGACUGCCGGCGCCGGAAGCUGAAAUGCGACCGCGCGCAGCCGGCGUGCGGACGAUGUCGGAAGGGCGGGCUGGCGGACUCGUGUUCUUACCAGGAGUAUCCAGGCGUUCGUGGCCGGGGAGGGGAAGAGGAGGGUUCGUUCUUGGUGCAGAGUAGUGGGUAUACGCUGCAUAGUCCGCCGGUGCCGCAUCACGACCCCGUACGGGCUGCUACAGGUGGUGAGGGUACGGAGCAGCAUCAGUACCAGCAGCACCAGCAGCACCAGGAGUCUGCGCGAGAUAGAAGCGUGGUUGCGCUGGCGGCGCCGCCAAAUGCGGGGAGCUGGCAGUUGCUUGGGGGCGCGUUGUCUUCUGCGAAGGGGGUCAAUGAAGAGCGGCCGUCCAUUCGGAGUAAUGCCGAGGAUGACGGACCAGGUCCGCAGGGGCCUGGCGGGGAGAGGCUGCGCGUGCAGACGACGACUAUGCGAGGCCAGAAUUUCAAGACGCAUUAUUACGGGAGCACGAAUCCGAUCAGUCUGAUUUCUCAUUUCCCGGAGUUGAGGUCGUUUAUGAAAGAGACGAUCAUGCAGCGCACUUCGCUGCCGGGUCUGCAGCGCGAACUGAAGGUGCUGCAGGUGAAGUGGAAGGCCAUGCGGACGGACCUGCUCCCGCAGCAUGAAUGGGAGCUGGUCGGGCUGCUACCGGACCCGGAGACGAUGGACGCGCAUGUUGGUCUCUACUUCGAUACUUUCGAGAAAAUAUACCGGAUCCUGCACUAUCCUAGUUUCAUGAACGAGUACGAGUCGUUUCGCCAGGAUAGUCGGACCGCCCGACCGGCCUUCAUCGUCAUCCUGAUGCUUGUCCUCGCGUGCGUGGGCUGUCUCGCUAGCCCGGCGCAGCCGAAGUAUAUCGGAGACAGUGCGAUGGCGCGGGAACGCGCGACGCUGUGGAUCGAGGCCGCGGCGGCCUGGCUUCCCAAGCAGAGUCAAAAGCACAUCUACCUGGCGAUCUGGCAAAUCCGCUGCCUGCUGCUGGUAGCGAAGAUGGUGAAUGUCGUCAAGAAGAAGCGCACAUGGACGGCGGCGGGGACGCUGGUCCGAGAGGCCAUGUCGGCCGGGUUCCACCGCGAUCCAACCAUCCUCGGCGACCGGGUCUCGGUGUUUGACCUCGAAAUGCGCCGCCGACUCUGGGCAACAAUCCUCGAACUGGAGCUGCAGAUCUCGACGGACCGGGGAAUGCCGUCAGCGUCGGCCGCCUUGCCGUCGGACACUGUGCCGCCACUGAACAUCGAGGACGAUGAGCUGGCGGUGGAUGCCGAGUCGCUGCCGGCCUCCCACCCCCGACAGGUGUAUACUGGUUGCUCGUACUUGUGCGUGUCCGCCUCUAGCUUUGCGCUGCGCACCUCCCUAAAUUCCCUUGUGAACGACAUCCAUGCGCAAUCAGUGUACGAAGAGGUCCUCCGCGGCGAGGAGAAGGUGAUGACGGAACUACAAAGACUGCCGGGCUGGAAUGAGGCCACGCCCGGGACAGCCGGGAGAGACUCGACCCUGACGCGGGCACUGCUCGACAUCCAGCUCCGACACUUUCUGAUUCUGCUGCAUGCGCCGUUCGCGCGGCAGGCGGACACCAACCCGCGCUACUCGCUCUCGCGGAUGGUGUGCUUCAACGCGGCCUUUCGGAUCAUCGAACAGCACCGACAGCUCACCGAGGCCGGCAACCAUCUCCUGCUGCUCCUACGCCAGGAUUAUUUCAAAAGUGCGCUGAACAUUUGCCACAACCUGUACAUCGCUAUCAGCCUGCACGACAAUCUCCUGCUGCAAUCCAACAGCCACACCUUCAUUGAGCACAUCGAGCACGUCCUACACCUCCUUGAGGAAAAGACCUCGCGCCUGGGCACCGGGUACACGCACUACUGGUACAUCGCCGCCGCGUCGGCCUUUCUACGCUCACGGCUCGGCCCCACGCACUCGCCGGUGCCGAGGGAAGAGGCCAUCCAUGAGGUAGUGCGACAGUAUCAUCGCGUGCUGGCGCAUCAGGAGGACUUGCGCAAGGCCAAGGACCUUCUGUUCCCGCUUCGACUCGUCUCGGUGAGUCAUUCGACUGAAGCAGUGGUCCAUGUGCUGCUAACAGACCUGGCGGGUGCUUCUCUGCUCGACCCGGAUUUAGCACACGCGCCCUUCAACCAGGAAGACCUGUCACUCGAGGAAUUCUUCUUCGGCAAUCCCGCAGCAUGGACCUUUGACAAUCUGUGGGAAAUGCACUGAUCCCCCGACAGUGCAGAGAAAUGCCGAUCGAUAUCUACACUUUUAACCAAUAAGCAGUCACCGUUGAUCCUUCAGGUUUGCUUUUUCAAAGAUAGCAUCCCUCAUCCCGACGGGUACGUAGGGAGCGAUAGAUCGCACUCCCUCGGCCUCAACCGGAACCCUUUUACUGCCCCGGGAUCACCGAAUAGGGCCUAGUGUUAUCAACUUAUCAUGCACUGCAAUGCCGAGAACGACAAAACAUCUCGGUCCGGCAACGAGGUUCGGGAUUCCUUCCUCAUUGGCGGGCGAUUGGCAUUGUCAGGGUUUUGUCCUUGAGAUGGAGGGGCAGAGGGACGGAGAGGGUUCUAUAUAUGCAUGCAAGAUGGCAAUUAAUCCACACAGGGGGGGGGUCAUGUGAAGUUGCAGAGGGGCUUUUUCUUGCAUAAUGUCAACUCUGUCGGGCAAGACUAUUGACUGACUGACUGACUGACCGGUCGCACGGAAAUGGUUCAGGG